CCUUGUGCAGCCACCGUCCGAGCUUCAGGUCCAAGAUGCAGUGGACUGUCAUGAGCUCAUGAAUUGGUAAUUUGCUCGACUCCUUUUCCAUGUUCUUCGGAUAGAGGAGUUAGAUUCACCAUUUAGUGUCUAUGUAGACGAACACAUACCACAUUGGGUCCCUGAUUCAGUGGUAGAUCGGCGUACUUCGUAUCGUCCCCUUUAUGCAAACAAAACCAACCCUUUCUGGACGUGAAGCAUACUUAUAUACCCACCAUGUCCACCUCCUCCCCCACGGACGACAACCCACCCCCGGGUCCAGGUCCAAGCAAAGGCGACCUGAUCAGACGCGGGGCCUACAAAACCAACGUCGCCGGCGUUCUCACCUUCGUCGGCCUCCGCGGUCUCGAGCCCCUCCUCCAGUACCAACUUCUUCGGCCGGGGGGAUGGGGCACCGCGCUGCUCACACGCCUCAACCUCUCCGCAAUCCCAUCUUCAGCCCUUCCACUCGCAACCCUCUUUGGCACCACCCUGCCCCUGCCCCUUCCGAACCUAGUCCUGGUCUCCAUGUCGGCCGCAGCCUCGCUCAAACAAAUCUUCUGGCUCCUGGCCAUCGGCCGCGAGGAACUGGGGCCGGGCGCAUCCGCUGCCGUGGGCAUCUUCAACGGCGCUUUCAACAGCCUCAACGCGCUGCUCUUUCUUUGGUCCGCCACUUCACCCUUCUCCAGCUUCUCCACUUCCCUUGGCCUACCCUUACCCGCACCGAUGCUCGCCGGCGCGGCACUGUUCACCCUCGGCAUCGCCCUCGAGACACUUCCUGAAAUCCAGCGCAAGCGCUUCAAGGAAAACCCGGCCAACAAGGGCAAGGUGUGCGACGCGGGCGUGUGGGGGUGGGUGCGGCACCCCAACUACGGUGGGUACGCCCUCUGGCGGACGGGCUACGCGCUUGCGGCAGGCGGGCUGGCCUUCGGGCUGGUCAUGGGCGUUUGGCAGAUGUGGCACUUUGCGACUGACUCGGUUGUGUUUAUGGAUGAGUACAUGCAGAAGAGGUAUGGCGAGCAGUGGGAGGGGCAUAAGAAGAGGGUGAGGUGGCUGUUGGUGCCGGGCAUUUAUUGAUCGAUCCAGGGGUGGAUCUGAGAAAGGGGCUGGGGGGAAACAGGAUGGAAUGGGGGUGAAAUGAUAGGAAAGUGUUUGGGGUAAAGCCACUGGAUGCUCAUAUAGCCCGAACCAGGGGUUGGAAUUAGAGUCCCUCGGGAUCUUGUCCCAACUCCUGUGCAACUAAGGGAACAUCAGAAGAAAACGGCAAGGAGUUCUUCAAAAGCUGGCAUCCAGCUGUUCCCAAGCUCAAAGC